GCUGGCAGCGUGCUGGGAGGCUGGAUUGCAGACAGACUAGGGAGACGCCCGGGGCUGCUGCUGAGUGACUUUUGUCUCUUAUUUGCUUCCAUUUGCUUCGGAAUAGGCACCAGCUUCGCGCUGGUGCUUGUGGGGCGUUUCUUCGUGGGCCUCGGAGUGGGAAUGGGGUUUGUGGUUUACGCCACUUACAUGUGCGAAAUAGCUCCCACGGACUUGCGGGGGGUUUUGGUGGCUUGCCAGGAAGUAGCGCAGUGCUCCGGAUGCAUGCUUGCUUACGUUCUCGCUGCGAUUUUCGGCGGAGUCCCGUGGAGGCUUAUGAUGGGAGCCGCCGGCAUCAUCGCCGCGCUGCAGGUUCGCCAAACUCUAAACCCUAAACCCUAA